CUGCGACGUACAUAAUGACGUAAAAUGAGUGCGCCGUCUGACGUAGCCACUUGACAGUUAGCCAUUAAACCCACUGUUUUCACUGCAAGGAAUAAACCUGUACGCGGACUCUUGGGAGUAUUUAAGGGCUAGAUACGAUGGAGGAGGGUGGGGGAGAGAGGACAAGUGAACCGGAGCCUGUGCUUCACACACAGCCGCUGUGUCGCUUCUUCUCUCAAGGAAGACACUGCAAUUUUGGGAAGAGAUGCAAAUUCCUACACAUAAGAGAUGAUGCCAGAGCUCAUAAGGAGAAAACCACCGGGACCCCCAGCCAAUCAGAUGUUACGUUGUCAAACCCAGAGAUCCCUGGAGGAAAUGUGGGGUACAGGGUUGCCCCUGCAGCUGGUCACCGCCCCUGCCGCUACUUUCUCUCAGGCCACUGCACCAUGGAAGACAGAUGUCGCUUUUGGCAUCCACCACAGUUACCCCCGCUGGAUGACCAGCCCGUUCCUGGGAAUCACUCAAGUUCUGCGCAGAGGAUGCCACCAGUGCCCCGUCCCGGCGUCCUCCAGGAGGUCAAGCUGUGUGACCUGACGGAGGAUCUCGCCAAGCAGCUACGAGACACAGAGAUCAGGCAGUUGAAGAAGCGUUUUCCGAAAGACCAGCUGAUUAUUCAGGAACGAAGCGAUGGCAAAGUUACUUAUUACAGGGCGAGCGUAGCGGCCACUGAUCCAGACUGGCCUUUUGAUCUGAAAGAAAUCGACAUCAUGGUGAGCUUCCCAGACAACUACCCUCAGGAGAUUUUCACAUUGGAUGUGCCGUUGGACCAGGAUCUGCCGCCAGUCAUGUCAAGACAUGUGCAGGAGGCAUCACUGGAGUGGCUCCAAGCCAAGCAUGCAACCAAUCAUCUUCUGGGAAAGGUAGAGCUGCUCUUCCGGCCUUUUCUCCGCUGGCUCGAUCGUAGUCUGGAGAGGCUGUUCACUGAAGGAGCCAGGCAGCUGAAGAAAGACAUCGAUUUGGAAAAAGCUGGACUGCAGUUCAUUUCAUACCAGGAGCUCCAGGCAGCGGUGUCUGAGAAAUCUUCCAACGAUCAUUCGUCUGACCUGGCUGCCUCUGACACCGCUGCUGCAGAUGAGGGAGCCAGCGAUGAAGGCGAGAGGACAGUGGAGGGAGAGAGGUCGGUGCAGCAGGAGGGUCCGGGUGGCAGUGGAGGGCAGGAGGAAGAGGAUGCCGUUCAUUUGGUGGAGAACAUUAAGAUCAGCGAUCCCCGCAGAGGUACCGAGGUGAAGCUGCUGGGACUGAGGCUUGGAGAGAACACAGCCACCGUAGUGGCCCCAAAAAUCACAGUUUGCCUUCAGUGCAACAGGUGUAAGGUGACUGCAGACCUGACACUGACUGGAAGGACACCCUGCACGGCUCAGUGUGAAAAGUGCAGUGCGAGCAUCAACGCUGCAUUCAGGCCCUGCAUGCUGCAUCAUUACAGUGACGUCCUGGGAUACCUGGACCUUCACAACGCUACACCUGCUGACCUUGUGCUUCAGGAGUGUGAACUCAGCGUGGGCUGCCUCAGCUGCUCCCAGGACGUCCCUAUGCAGAACCUCUCCUACGGUCAAACAAAGGAGUUUAAUUGUGAACACUGCCACAGCAAACUCAGUAUUCUUGCUGAGAGCACAAGAUUCCAAUAUAUUCCACCACGUGCCAACAAAAUAGGUUCAAGUGCUGGUGCUGUUAAUUAUAAGACAAUCAGAGAUCCGGCUGUGCAGAAGGGGAAGCCGCUUCCAGAAAAGGGAACAUGCAAACAUUACAAACAGAGCCAUCGCUGGUUAAGGUUUCCCUGCUGUGGACGGGCUUACCCCUGUGACGUGUGCCAUGACGAGGACCAGGACCAUCCCAUGGAACUGGCCACCAGGAUGAUCUGUGGCUACUGUGCCAAAGAACAGCCGUACGCUAAUGGAAAGCCUUGCAUCAGUUGCGGAAGCAUGAUGACGAGAGGUGCCCGCACCAGCCACUGGGAGGGAGGACUGGGAUGCAGAAACAAAGUCAAGAUGUGCAGAAAUGAUCGACAAAAACAUGCCAACACCAACAAGACUAUUUCAAGGAGGGCGGCCGGCCAAAAGAAGUAGUCGAUGAAGAAGAGGAAGAGAAUCACUGCCUUAAUUUGUUAAAAACUCAUGAUUUGAUUCACGACAUGAUUUCAAUGAAAUUAUCACAUUUCCCCAAUAAAUCAUGUUGUUAUGAUCA